AGAGCUUCGGGACCUGAGCUUGUCCGUAGAGGCGGGGGCGGUGAAGGGCUUCAUGGCCCCCAGGAUGCUGCCGGCUGUGGGUGGGGGCACCGGGGGCUCUCGCUGUGUUUGGGAGCCACGGGUACGAAGGGCAGGGGCCCGUUUACCCUCCUCCCACCCCGGAGUUAGCCCUGGAAGUUUCCAGCAGGUCGAAGCGGGCUCUCGGAUGCCACUAGCGCCGGGCCUGGAGGAAGGGGAGCUUAGAGUUGGACAGGAGGAAUGUGGGAAGGGGAGAGAACUGCGACUGAUGGGAGUGAUUGAGGGCCACUAGCAAUGAGCCGGGCUCCGGAUGGAGCUGUGGAUGUGCUAGAAAUAAAGCAGGCGGCAGAGCUAGGGUAGAACUUGGCCGGACUGAGAAGAUAAAAUUCUGCUGUCAGUUAAGACACCUGUUCUUCUCCAGUCCAGGAGCCCUAUUGAUGAAAGAGGCUGGUUAGCUUUGCUCUGUGUAGUGUUCGUAGGCCGCUAGGCACAGCUUAUCAACCAGAAAAUUUACAUGGAUAGCUACAAAGAAGACCAAAUCAGUGUAGAUGGCUUAAUUAACACAAGUCUGUUUCCCCGCUGGAGGAUAUGGGGACAGCAAACAAACAAAAUCACAAAGUGCAAGAGUAUAUACAGUGCUGCUAAGGGUGAUUAUUUACUUAGCAGAUGCAUCCAGUGCCUUCUCGUUGCUAAUACUGUGGGUUAUACAGACACAAAGUUCUCACUCUCAAGGGGCUGAUAGUCUGAGGUAAGGGGAAAAGUAGCUUCACGCUUGGAUUGUUCAAAGAAAGAAUGUGAUUAAGCCACAGAGCCCCAAAGGGUCAAGCUCUUUUGGUAUAACUGGGGAAAUUUUUUUAUUUCAUGGUGCUAAAAUUUACUCACAUACAAAAUGGGGAAGAAUGGAUCUGAGCUAUGGCUACUGUGGCAUGGAUAAAGUGACAGCUCUGAUGUGCUCUGGGGUCUUCACCUGAGAAAGUCUUUGUGAAAGGAAACUGUAAAGAUGGUAAGGAGUUGAGAUGUAAUGAGUGACAGAAGAUGGGAGAUCGAGUGACAUGAAAGGGGAAAAAAAGGUGUAGGCACAAGCAGUUCCUCCCUGUGGAAUCUGAUGGGCAAUGCCAUGGUGAUGACCCAGUAUAUCCGCCUUACCCCAGAUAUGCAAAGUAAACAGGGUGCCCUGUGGAACCGGGUGCCAUGUUUCCUGAGAGACUGGGAGUUGCAGGUGCACUUCAAAAUCCACGGACAAGGGAAGAAGAACCUGCACGGGGACGGCUUGGCGGUCUGGUACACGAGGGAUCGGAUGCAGCCAGGGCCUGUGUUUGGAAACAUGGACAAAUUUGUGGGGCUGGGAGUAUUUGUAGACACGUAUCCCAAUGAGGAGAAGCAGCAAGAGGCCCAGAAGAGGCGAUAUUCUCCCGGAGUCCAGCGGGUUUUCCCCUACAUCUCAGCCAUGGUGAACAAUGGCUCCCUCAGCUAUGAUCACGAGCGGGACGGGCGGCCUACAGAGCUGGGGGGCUGUACGGCCAUUGUCCGCAAUCUCCAUUAUGACACCUUCCUUGUGAUUCGCUAUGUCAAGAGGCAUUUGACGAUAAUGAUGGACAUCGAUGGCAAGCAUGAGUGGAGGGACUGCAUAGAGGUGCCCGGUGUCCGCCUGCCCCGGGGCUACUACUUCGGCACCUCCUCCAUCACUGGGGAUCUCUCGGACAACCAUGACGUCAUUUCCCUGAAGUUGUUUGAGCUGACGGUGGAGAGAACCCCAGAAGAGGAGAAGCUGCAUCGAGAUGUGUUCCUGCCCUCGGUGGACAACAUGAAACUGCCCGAGAUGACAGCCCCGCUGCCGCCCCUGAGUGGCCUGGCCCUCUUUCUCAUCGUCUUUUUCUCUUUGGUGUUUUCCGUAUUUGCCAUUGUCAUUGGGCUCAUACUCUACAACAAAUGGCAGGAUCAGAGCCGAAAGCGCUUCUACUGAGCCCUCCUGCGACCACGACCUCUGUGACUGUCACCCAGGAGUAUGGGAGGAGCAGGCACCAGCCUGAGCACAUAGCCAGGCGGGUCUUCUCUCGUCUCCAGCAGCUGGUCAGGGACUCGGUUCUGUCACUGGAGCUUUGAGUGCAGGGACGCUGCGUUCCCAUGGCCACCCAUGAGGAUGUCUAACUCUGGAUCAGGAAGCCCACCCCCCCGGGCAACGCUGCUGUGAUGUGCCUUUCCCCACAGUCCUGCCACUUGGGAGCAAAGAGGGAUGGAGAGAACAUAGGCUGUCAUGAUGCCAAAACCACUGGAAAGAGUUUCAUAGCCCAGGCUGCCUUGUUGUUGGGCUCAGAGGACCCUCGUACUUCAUUCUUAAAUCUGCAAAGACUAGAAAACUGAUAACUCCUCAUACCUUCCAGCCAUCCAUCCGCUGGUUUUUGCUUUUUGUCUAAGCCUCUCUCCACCUGAGGAGCUUUCCUUGGAAAUCUGGAUGGAAACUUCUUCCCUGCCUCGCCUUCCUCUCCCUCCAUUCAUUGUCCUCUGCAGAUGCAACCUGAGCUGGAAAAGACACCUGGCUGCCUCUCUAUUGGGGCCUGGGGCUGCAGAACAAACUUGAGUUUCACUGACCCUCAUUAGGUGGCCGUAGGGAGGGGGCAUUCUGCUGGGGCUCACUGCUCUAGCCUUUGUUCCUGCGGGUGGAUCUUGGUUCUGUUGGUGUGUUCAUGACCCUCGCAAUUAGGUCCCUUUAGGCCCUCAGCCAGGUUUGGCUGAAAGCUGGUGUGCAGGUCAAGAGAAGCUUGGGAGACGUCACGGAUGCAGUGGGACUAACUGUGAAACUGACUGCUCCACGUUUUGACACCGAAAGCAACAUCUGUCACAUGAUCUGACCACGUGGAGAUGUUUCUGGACUCUGGAGCCCGCUUAGCUGCAUGUUUUGUGUUCAUCAUAAUUUUUGGAAUCCUACUUAGAGUGUUCAAAAUGUAAGGAAACUUUCUUCUUAUAGCCUGAGCUUGGAUACUCCCCAAAGAGGAAACCUGGCUUCUCCUUCUUAACGGACAAGGAAUGGUUGUUGUAAAUCUGAAAGCAGUAGACCCCCGUCAUCUGUGCCUGGAAGAGUUCACUGCCAUUUGAGCAGCCGAGCCUGAGUGUCCUCCUCUGUGGGUCAGCCCUGAUUCCACUGCCUUACCUGAUGCGGGGUCACGUGCUGCUCACCUGUCUGCCCUGUGAUUCCAUUGCUAACAGGCCGGAGGCUCCCUGGAGGGCUUGGACUCUGAGCUCUCCUAGCCCUGUGCUCUGUAGCCUGAGGGAAAGUCUCAACAUGGCUGAUGGAAACCAAA